AUGCCUCAAAGUUCUGAACGCAAAGAACUCGAUCUUGAAAAGUUCUAUGGGGUAUAUUCCUAUGAGGGGACCCGAUGGGUCAUCAUCAAACCAUGGGGUCGGAAGACCGGGCAACCCGGCCUGAUGCUAGAGGACCACAAGAACCUCAAUACGAAAACCCCAGAGCGCAAAGUGUGCUACCUCAAGCUACACGAUAAUACAUUAAAAACUACCGAUUGCGAUUUUCUCACGACUUGGGUACGAAGUAAACUCCAAGUCCAAAAUCACAAGGAAGACGCCAAUGAACCUGAACCGGAUGACAAUGCCCUAUAUCACGUCACGUUCGAUAUCAAGGAUGGCCAACCUCGGUUGGGGUGGACUGCCGAGGGUGAGGCAGAGGACAAGAAGCGAUUUUUGAAGCUCGACGACCCCAAAGUCCCUUCAGCAGGGUUGUCAGGUAAAAAUGGUCAACAAUUAUCUCAAAUCCAUGUCAGUGACAACCAAACCUGA